AUGGUGACGGGCGGUCUUUUACACCUCUUCUCUCGCAAAGAGAGAGCGAAGCGAAAGCAACAGUCCCAGCAAGCCGAGCAACUAGCGCAAUUACAAGUGCCUCCGGCGUACAAAUCCGACUUUUAUGAACCGCUGAAUGGGCCCCGCUCUGCGUAUCCCCGGCCACUAUCCUCCUUUGCUCCGGACUACAGUCGCCAGGCCCACUCGGGCCAGCAUAAUAAUGCCUAUGGGCAUGGGGGUCACUACUAUCCCCACCAGCAGUCUGGCAGCCAUACCAAUCACCAUGGACAAUAUAGCCAACAACAAAAAUCAUACCAGUAUGGCAAUCAGAUCCCGCAGCCGCAGCAACAGCAGCGCCCAAGAGCAUCCUUUGAUGUGCCUCGAUACCCGGCCCUACCAACCUACGACCCAUCCAAGUACCAACCCAUCCGACCAUCCCUGACACCAACAGCCGAUCGAUUUGCCUUCCACUGGCCUAAUGCCAGGGGCCAGACAUCCCGUCUGAGCGAGGUACACUAUAAUGAUGCGCGGCCCUCGUCGAUCUACUACCAGCCGCCCGCAGCAGCCCCGGACUUAACCUCCGCACCACCAAUGCCCCAGCGGAGAUUGGCCGCGCACGCUCGAACUCAGUCUAUCAUGCCUUUUACUUCCGGCGACUCGGCCGACCAGCGCGUGUCCAGAUCGGGGGAUGGGAGGGAGCGGAGUAUCUCUGAACCAAUGCCUGCGGGUGAUGGGCAGGGGAGUAGUCGCGGGCCACGACGGCCUAAACCGGUGCUUUCACGGCUUAUUACCAACUUUAGCGGCUAA